CCCGGCAUGCCAGCGACGCAACACUCCGCCAGGGAGGGGAGGGAUGAUGGAGCUAAGAUGGCAGCCCAACUGAGGGUGCUGCCUCUCUGGGGUCAAGAAAACACUCAAGGAGCGAAUAAAGCCCGAUAAAUCACGACGGGCCGGUCGUCGGGAAUUUACGGUGCCGUAUCUGCAGUUUCACGAGAAACAUGUUAUGGCUUGAGAGGACAUAUUUUCGGGAGACGAGCACCACUUUGACGCCGUGGCCGGGAUCGGAAGAGCGAGCGUUGUAGUUGCACCACAGGAUCGGCUACAAUUCGCUCUUAUAAUAAACCGGGCACCGUGGAUGCUAAUUGUGGUAUUUAGGCAACUCUGAGCGGACACAUAAUGUGACCCGUGGAGGAUUUAAUGACAAUUGGAUUGCAUCGGAUGGCUAGAUACCAUCUCGCUGUGGUAUCUUUUGUGUGAUAUAUGCAUUGUUCUCCAAAACGAUGAUGUGUGCUGCUGCUGCGGCAGCGGCCGCCGCCGGUGGAGGGAUUCUGCCUUCCUCAUCCCCGUCGAUGGGGUUGGGUGUCAGGGUCAUUUCUGGAGCAGGAGCCGAGUUUUCCACCAUCGGUUCGGGAAUGGGUUCUUGCCCGACACCCGGAGCCCAGUCGGAUUGUCGGACCCGGUACCAGCUUUUACUCUCAGGGCGAGCUCUGGCCGAACGAUACAGGCGGAUUUAUACCACCGCUAUCAACGAUAAAGAGCAAGGGAUAAAUCAAGGAAGGGGAAAGAAGGCUUUGAGUAAGAAGAAACUGAAAAGGCGACAGAAGGUCAAGUCAAAAGUCAAAUCAAGAACAAAGGCCGAGAGUCUAGAUGGAGCCCUUUGCGUGCCGGACAUCAAGCUGCACAGCAACCCAUCUGCUUUCAAUGUCUACUGCAACGUGCGGCACUGUGUGCUGGACUGGCAGCAGAGAGAGGCCUCCCUCGUGCUGGCCUCCCGGAGCUCGGUGCAGAGCGGUGAUUCUGACAGCGAGGAGGAGGAGGAGUACCGCGAGCCGGCCGUGAAGCUGCCAAAGAUCAUCGGCAUCGGGCUGUGCGGGGUGUUUGAGCUGAUAAAAGAAACUCGGUUCUCUCACCCCUCGCUGUGCCUGCGGAGCCUGCAGGCCUUGUUGGACAUGCUGCAGGGACAGCAGCCCGAGGGCUUUCAGACUGAGCCUCCGGAUGUGCUGGAGUCCCUUUUCCAGUUGUUGUUGGAGACCACGGUCCGGAGCACAGGGCCCAACGACCCGACGGGACAGGCCAUCACCGCUCUGUCCUGCGCCUGCCUCUUCAGUCUGGUGGUGGCCUGGGGCGACACCGGCAAAAUCCUGCAGGCCGUCUCCGCCAUCCUCACCAACAACGGCAGCCACGCCUGCCAGACGAUACAGGUGCCCACCAUACUCAAUGCCCUACAGAGGAGCGUGCAGGCGGUCCUGGUGGGAAAGAUUCAGAUCCAGGACUGGUUUGGGAACGGCAUCAAGCGCGGCGCCCUCAUGAACAAGUGGAUCCUGAAGGAGGUGGCCAUCGACGAAGACGAACGCUGCCUCCUGCAGACCGACGGCUCCUUCCUGUACUUGCUCUGCAAGGACGGACUUUACAAAGUGGGCUCCGGAUACAGUGGCACCGUCAGGGGCCAUGUGUACAACUCCACGUCCCGUACCAGGAACCGAAAGGAGAAGAGGUCGUGGCUGGGCUUUGCUCAGGGGUACUUGUUGUAUCGGGACACAAGUAACCACAUGAUGUCGGCCAUCAAGAUCAACCCUGAGACUCUGGAGCAGGAGGGGACUGUCACGAUGCCAGGUCAACAUGCUGACGGACAGAACAUCAUCUUCACAGACGGAGAGUACAUCAACCAGAUCGCAGCCUGCAAAGACGAUGGUUUCGUGGUGCGGAUCUAUACCAUGAGCUCAGACCCGGCCCUGCAGCAGGAACUGCAGCUGAAGCUGGCAAGGAAAUGUCUGCACGCCUGCGGCAUCUCUCUGUUCGACCUGGAGAAGGAUCUGCACAUCAUCAGCACAGGCUUUGAUGAAGAGGCAGCGUUGCUUGGCGCAGGCAGGGAGUUUGCUUUGAUGAAAACCGCCUCGGGAAAGAUUUACUACACAGGAAAGUACCAGAGCCUGGGUAUAAAGCAGGGUGGCCCUUCAGCAGGGAAAUGGGUGGAACUGCCCGUGACGAAGUCUCCCAAAAUCAUCCAGUUCUCCGUCGGCCACGAUGGCUCUCAUGCGCUGCUGGUGGCCGAAGACGGAAGCGUGUUCUUCACAGGCUCUGCCAGCAAGGGAGAGGACGGAGAGUCCACCAAAAGCCGCAGACAGCCCAAGCCGUACAAGCCCAAGAAGAUGAUCAAAUUAGAGACCAAGACGGCAGUGUACACCGCGUGCAACAACGGAAGCAGCAGCAUUGUCACCAAGGACGGAGAGCUCUACAUGUUUGGCAAAGAUGCUAUUUACAGUGACAGCACUUGCCAGGUGACGGACCUGAAAGGUCACUCUGUAAUUCAGGUCGCCAUGGGCAAGGCCCACACGUGUGUUCUAAACAAGAGCGGUGAAGUGUGGACAUUCGGGGUGAACAACAAGGGCCAGUGUGGCAGAGACACUGGAUCCAUGAGCCAGGCAGGGAAAGCGUUCGGUGUGGAGAGCAUGGCCACGGCCAUGGAUGAGGACCUGGAGGACGAGCUGGAAGAGAAGGAAGAGAAGAGCAUGAUGUGCCAGCCAGGCAUGCACAAGUGGAAGCUGGACCAGUGCAUGGUGUGCACGGUGUGCGGAGACUGCACCGGCUACGGCGCUAGCUGUGUCAGCAGCGGACGGCCGGACAGAGUACCGGGAGGUAUCUGUGGCUGUGGGUCUGGAGAGUCUGGCUGCUCGGCGUGUGGCUGUUGCAAGGCCUGUGCAAGAGAGCUGGACGGUCAAGAGGCCAGACAGAGAGGCAUCUUUGAUGCAGUGAAGGAGAUGAUUCCUCUGGACCUGCUGCUAGCUGUGCCUGUCCCCCCCCCUCCAGGAGUGAACAUUGAGGAACACAUUCAGAUCCGUCAGGAGGAGAAGCGACAGAGAAUCAACCGCCGGCACAGGCUGGAGGAGGGCAGAGGCCCCCUUGUUUUUCCCGGUCCCAUUUUAAUGAACCAGCGUGAGCAGGCCCUAGCCAGAAUAAGACCCCUUCAGGCACUAAGGCAUAAGCGGGACAAGCACAAAGAUGGCAGCAGUGAACGCGGGGAGAAGGACGCCAGCAAAAUCACCACCUACCCCCCCGGGGCCGUGAGAUUUGACUCCGAGCUGCGAGCUGUGCAGGUCAGCUGCGGUUUUCACCACUCAGUGGUGCUGAUGGAGAACGGAGACGUCUACACGUUUGGUUACGGCCAACACGGGCAGCUCGGACAUGGAGACGUGAACUCUAGGGGUUCUCCGACUCUGGUGCAGGCCCUUCCAGGUCCCAGUGUUCAGGUGACAGCGGGCAGUAACCACACAGCCGUCCUCCUCACGGACGGGCAGGUCUUUACAUUCGGCAGCUUCUCGAAAGGACAGCUGGGCCGGCCCAUCCUGGACAUGCCCUACUGGAAUGCCAAGCCUUCUCCCAUGCCCAACAUUGGGGCCAAAUAUGGGCGAAAGGCCACCUGGAUUGGUGCCAGCGGGGACCAGACGUUCCUGCGGAUCGAUGAGGCUCUUAUCAACUCCCAUGUCCUCGCCACUUCAGAGAUCUUUGCCAGCAAACACAUUAUUGGCCUUGUGCCCUCCUCUGUUUCUGAGCCGCCUCCAUUUAAAUGCUUGCUGAUCAACAAAAUGGACGGAAGCUGCAGGACCUUCAAUGACUCUGAGCAGGAGGACCUGCAGGGAUUUGGGCUGUGUCUGGACCCUGUGUAUGAUGUCGUAUGGAGGUUCCUGCCUGCCGCUAAAGAGAUGCUGUGCUACAAUGCGGUGAUAGCUGAUGCCAGGAUGCCCUCUGCCACAGAUCUGCAGGCUCGCUGCAGCAUCCUGAGUCCGGAGCUGGCGUUGCCCUCCGGAUCACACGCCACCACCACUCGCUCUCACGGAGCCCUGCACAUCCUCGGUUGCCUGGAUACACUGGCGGCCAUGCAAGAGCUGAAGAUGGGCGUGGCCAGCGGGGAGGAAGAAACCCAGGCAGUGAUGAAGGUCUACUCCAAGGAGGACUACAGUGUGGUGAACCGCUUUGAGAGUCACGGCGGUGGCUGGGGCUACUCGGCCCACUCGGUGGAGGCCAUCCGGUUCUGUGCCGAUGCAGAUAUCCUGCUGGGCGGACUGGGUCUGUUCGGGGGUCGAGGGGAGUACACUGCCAAGAUCAAGCUUUUCGAGCUGGGACCCGACGGGGGCGACCACGAGACAGACGGCGAUCUGCUGGCUGAGACCGACGUGCUGGCGUACGACUGUGCUGCCAGGGAGAAGUACGCCAUGAUGUUUGACGAGCCGGUGCUGCUGCAGCUGGGCUGGUGGUAUGUGGCGUGGGCCCGAGUGUCUGGACCCAGCAGUGACUGUGGCUCCCACGGACAGGCUACCAUUACUACAGAUGACGGUGUGGUCUUUCAGUUCAAAAGCUCUAAGAAGUCAAAUAACGGUACGGACGUUAACGCGGGUCAGAUACCUCAGCUACUGUACAGACUUCCUUCAAAUGAUGGCAAUGCAUCGAAAGGGAAGCAGCAGACCAGUGAACCGGUCCACAUCCUUAAGCGCUCAUUCGCUCGCACCGUCUCAGUGGAAUGUUUUGAGUCUCUGCUGAGUGUCCUUCACUGGAGCUGGACCACCUUGGUUCUGGGUGUGGAGGAGCUGCGAGGGCUGAAGGGCUUCCAGUACACAGCCACCCUGCUGGACCUGGAGAGGCUGCGCUUUGUGGGCACGUGCUGCCUCCGCCUGCUCAGGGUCUACAUCUGUGAGAUCUUCCCCAUCGCCGCCAGCACCAAAGCUGUGGUGGAGGAGUCCAGCAAGCUGGCCGAGUGCGUGGGAAAGACGCGCAGCCUGCUGAAGAAGAUCCUGUCGGAAGGCAUGGACAACUGCCUGACCAAGCUGGACAACGACCCCGAGGGCUACCUGUCUCAGCCUCUGACCCUGCUGGAAGCUGUGCUGCAGGAGUGCCACAACACCUUCACCGCCUGCUUCCACUCGUUCUACCCGACCCCGGCUCUGCAGUGGGCCUGCCUGUGCGACCUGCUCAACUGCCUGGACCAGGACAUUGCCGAGGCCAACUUUCGCACGUCCAGCAGCCGCCUGCUGGCGGCCGUGAUGUCGGCUCUGUGCCACACUUCGGUCAAGCUGACGUCCAUCCUGCCCAUCGCGUACGACGGGGAAGUGCUGCUGCGUUCACUUGUCAAACAAGUCAGCACGGAGAACGACUCUGCUCUCGCUCACCGCUUCCCCCUGCUGGUGGCCCACAUGGAGAAACUGAGCCAUACGGAGGAGAACCUGAUGGGCAUGACCAGCUUCCGGGAGGUCCUGGAGAAGAUGCUGGUGAUUGUGGUGCUGCCGGUGAGGAAGAGUUUGAGGAAGGAGGUGGAGCUGUUCUCCCCACACCUGGUCUCCAACACCUGUGGCCUACUGGCCUCCAUCGUCUCCGAGCUCACCGCCUCGGCCCUCGGCUCCGAGAUUGAUGGGCUGAACUCGCUACACUCCGUGAAAGCAUCCCCCAACCGUUUCACCAAAACGAGCCAGGGCCGCAGUUGGAACACGGGCAAUGGCUCUCCGGAUGCCAUCUGUAUGACCGUGGACAAGCCAGGUGUUGUGCUGGUGGGCGUGUGCGUCUACGGAGGAGGGGGCAUCCAUGAGUAUGAACUGGAGGUGCUGGCCGACGAUGCACAGACGGAGCACCCAGGUGACUCGGCACAUUCUCACAGGUGGACGUCCCUGGAGCUGGUGAAGGGCACCUACAGCACUGACGAUUCCCCCAGCGAUAUUGCUGAGAUUCGCAUGGACAAGGCCGUGCCGCUCAAGGAGGGUGUAAAGUACGCCGUGCGGUUACGGAACUAUGGCAGCCGGACAGCAAACGGGGAUGGAGGCAUGACCACGGUGCAGUGCUCCGACGGCGUGUCCUUCACCUUCAGCACCUGCAGCUUGAGCAGCAAUGGCACCAACCAGACCAGAGGACAGAUCCCACAGAUUCUCUACUACAGGAGUGAGUACGAUGGGGAUCUCCAGUCUCAGCUGUUGAGCAAAGCCAAUGAGGAAGACAAGAACUGUAGCCGAGCUCUGUCCGUGGUCAGCGCUGUGGUCAGAGCUGCGAAGGACCUGCUUCACAGGGCUUUUGCUGUCGAUGUGGACGAUAUUCCCGAGCUACUGAGUUCCUCCAGCCUGUUCUCCAUGCUCUUGCCCCUCAUCCUGGCCUACAUCGGCCCCGUGGCCGCGUCUGUGCCGAAGGCCGCCGUUGAGGUUUUCGGACUCGUUCAGGAGCUGUUACCUGCUGUCUCCGCCCUCAACCAAAAGUACGCCCCCCCCACCUUCAACCCCAACCAGUCAACAGACAGCACGACCGGCAACCAGCCGGAGCAGGGCCUGUCGGCUUGCACCACCUCGAACCACUACUCGGUGAUUGAGAGCGAGCACCCUUACAAACAAGCUGGCGUCACACAAUACAGGGUGUCUUUCCCUGACUGCGUCCGCUGGACCACCAUCGAGUUUGAUCAGCAGUGCGGCACGGCGCAGCCAGAGGACGUCCUGCGCCUGCUCAUCCCCAGCCGUACCCUCCACCUGUCCAGCCUGGGGGGCAAACCUUUGAUCCAUGACACCAUCAACACCUGGACUGAUCUCAAGAAGUUCUCUGGCUCCACCGGCUGGCCAACAACCGUCCUGGUGCUGCCAGGAAACGAAGUACUGUUCUCGCUGGAGACGGCCUCGGACUACGUCAAAGACGAGAAGGCUUGCUUCUACGGCUUCAAGUGCGUGGCUGUGGGAUACGAGUUCAACCCCGGCCCCGAUGAGGGUAUCAUCCAGCUGGAGAAGGAGUUGGCCUUCCUGGGCAGUGUGUGUGCUGCAGCUCUGAUGAAGAAAGACCUGGCCCUCCCCAUCGGUAAUGAACUGGAGGAGGAUCUUGAGAUCCUCGAGGAAGCCUCUCUUCAGGUCUGUAAGUCCCACUGCGGGAUCCUGGGUAAGGGUCUGGCCUUGUCUCACUCCCCCACUAUCCUGGAAGCCCUGGAGGGGAAUCUGCCCCUGCACCUCCAAACCAAUGAGCACUCUUUCCUUGAAGACUUCAUCACCUGUGUACAGACCUCCAGCGGAGGACGUCUGGCCAGGUGGCUGCAGCCGGACUCUUACGCCGACCCCCAGAAGACAUCUCUGAUCCUGAACAAAGACGACAUACGCUGUGGGUGGCCCACCACAGUGGUCGUGCAGACCAAAGACCAGUAUGGAGAUGUGGUGCACGUUCCUCACAUGAAGGUGGAGGUCAAGGCUGUGCCAGUUUCACAAAAGAAGUCGAUGCAGCCGGAGAAUGUGAAGAGGCUGCAGCGGCUACCCGGGAGCUCCUCGCCCUCGUCCUCCGGCCCCGACCUAACCUUUGGGGGUUUGCCGAUGCCCAAGCUGGAGGCCACGUACGAGCCCAUGAUCGUGAAAGAGGCUCGAUACAUCGCUAUAACCAUGAUGAAGGCUUAUGAAAACUACUCGUUUGAAGAGCUGCGCUUUGCCUCCCCCACCCCAAAGAGACCCAGUGAGAACAUGCUGAUUCGUGCCAACACUGACGGAACUUACAGCGCCAACUGGACUCCGGGAGCAGUAGGCCUCUACACAAUCCACGUCACCAUUGAUGGCAUUGAAAUAGAUGCUGGUUUGGAGGUAGAAGUCAAAGACCCCCCCAAAGGCAUGAUACCACCUGGCACUCAGAUGGUCAAACCGAAGGCUGAACCUCAGCCGAACAAGGUUCGCAAAUUUGUGUCCAAGGACAGCGCAGGCCUGCGUGUGCGUAGUCACCCCUCCCUGCAGAGCGAACAGAUAGGCAUAGUGCAUGUCAAUGGCACCAUCACUUUCAUUGACGAGAUCCACAAUGAUGAUGGCGUGUGGCUCAGGCUCAAUGACGAAACAGUCAAGAAGUAUGUUCCCAACAUGAAUGGUUACACUGAAGCCUGGUGCCUCUCUUUUAACCAGCACCUGGGCAGGAGCCUACUGGUCCCAGCCGACGAGGUCAGGGGCCAAUCGGAGGAAAGCUUAAAGGAGGUGAGCAGCUGCCCUUCCCACGAGGCCCCCAUUCGGGCGCAAAGCAGGGCAGGGCAGGGCGGCGGCCCGGGGCUUUAUAAGGUAGUGAAGACCGGCCCCUCUGGUCACAACAUCAGAAGCUGCCCAAACCUUAGGGGUAUCCCCAUUGGAAUGUUAGUUCUUGGCAACAAGGUCAAGGCCAUAGGCGAGGUGGUCAACUCAGAGGGGAACUGGGUUCAGCUGGAUAAGAACAGUGUAGUGGAGUUCUGUGAGAGCGAUGAAGGGGAGGCCUGGUCGUUGGCCAGAGACCGCGGUGGAAAUCAGUACCUUCGCCAUGAUGACGAACAAGCCCUGCUUGAGCACGUGGCCCAGACCCCACCACCCAGCCCGUUCUCCGUGCAGGCCUUCAACAGAGCCGCGGCCUCAAACGGAGCGCAGGGCUUCGACUACGGCAUCUCCAACAACAAAGGUGACCGGUUGAGUGCCAUACUGAAUUCCAUUCAGUCUGGGCCCUUCCUCUCAGCAGCUCCCUCCUCCUCCGUAUUUGAGCAAGCCGCCCAACCUCCCUCCUCUUCCUCCUCCUCCCUUGUCCACAGCCCAUUUGUGUUUGGACAAUCCCCCUCCCAACUGUCUCAGCCACAACCACAGCUUCCGAGUGAGCGAGGGAACCUGAUGCCCGGAGCGCGGCCCAUGUCCCCAGCCUCCAAACAUCGGCAGGAGAAUCGCUCGCCCAAACAGGAGGGUCGAGGAAGCCGCUCGUCCGAGCAGAGCAGGAGCAAGACAGAAGAGGGCAGCCUCUCAGCCAGCGAAGCCCUCAUCCUGCGGUCGGACACGGCCAAACUGAGGUCCGACUCUCACAGCCGCUCUCACUCGCCCAAUCACAACACCCUGCAGGCCCUGAAGGCCGAUGGUCGAACCCCGGGACUCCGGGCUGAGUCCCCGAACCCCGGCUCGCGCUCCUCCUCUCCCAAACAAAAAGGCGUAUCCUCUUCAGGCAGGUCUAGUCCCUCCAGCACCUCCUCCCAGAACUCCUCUUCAGCCCACCAUGAUAAGAACAUCCCACCUAAAGUCAGCCCUUCCUCCAAAGCCCGGCUGGACCCUCCCAGAGAGAGGUCCAAAUCUGAUUCGUACACUCUGGACCCAGACACACUUAGAAAGAAGAAGGUCCCACUAACAGAACCGCUUAGAGGCAGGUCUACCUCUCCAAAACCUAAACUGUCUCCUAAAGAUCCAAAUAACGAAGUGAUUGGCAAUCCAGAGAACCGUGUUCCCUCUCCACAUGUGACCCAGGAGAACCUCCACAGUGAAGUGGUGGAGGUGUGCACCUCCAGUGCUCUCCUCUCAGAGGAUGGCAAUGACGAGAACUCGGAGGCUCAAAAUUCUGAAGAUGGCUCAUGCAAGGUGCACUUCAGCAUCGGCAAAGCCCCCGUCAAGGAGGAACUAGAGAGCCGUGCUUCACCCAAAGUCAGCCGCAAAGCCUCCAGUCGACACACGCGCCCUAAGAAGGAAAAAUCUGGGCCUCUGUUCAAAGGCGAGAGUACUUCGAGGGCCACGGAGCCUGCCAAACAGGCCAUGUCACCUUCAGUAGCCGAAUGUUCGCGAGCGGUCUUCGCAGCGUUCCUGUGGCAUGAAGGUAUUGUCCACGACGCCAUGGCCUGCUCCUCCUUCCUCAAGUUCAACCCAGACUUAACCAAAGAGCACGCCCCCAUCCGCGGCUCCCUAGGAGCACAGUGUGCCGAGGAGAAGGAGAGCAAGCUAAAGAACCGCCACUCCUUAGAGAUCUCCUCUGCACUCAACAUGUUUAACAUUGCGCCGCACGGCCCGGACAUCUCCAAAAUGGGAAGCAUCAACAAAAAUAAGGUGCUGUCCAUGCUGAAAGAACCUCCUCUGCCAGAGAAGUGCGAGGAGGGUAAGGGAGAGGCCACGUCCUACGAGAUGACUUCUCAUCCGGCAAUGAGGGCGAAGUCGGUCUUGCCAUUGACGUUACAACAUCUGGUGUCAUUCUGGGAGGACAUCUCUCUGGCCACCAUCAAGGCAGCCACUCAGAACAUGAUUUUCCCCAGCCCGGGGUCCAGCGCCAUCCUGAAAAGAAAGGAGCACGAGAAAGACGGCAAGAAGGCAAAGAAGGAGAAGAAGAAGAGGGAGAAAGCCGAGGUGCGUCCAAGGGGGAAUCUGUUUGGAGAGAUGGCUCAGCUCGCCAUGGGCGGACCCGAGAAAGACACCAUCUGUGAGCUGUGUGGCGAAUCUCACCCGUACCCCGUCACCUACCAUAUGAGACAGGCUCACCCAGGUUGCGGCCGCUAUGCUGGAGGCCAGGGCUACAACAGCAUCGGACACUUCUGUGGUGGUUGGGCUGGGAACUGUGGAGAUGGAGGCAUAGGAGGCAGCACCUGGUACCUGGUGUGUGAUCGCUGUCGGGAAAAAUACCUGAGAGAGAAGCAGACUACCGCCAGGGAAAAGGUGAAGCAAUCCAGGAAGAAACCCCUGCAGGUGAAGACUCCGAGGGCGCUGCCCACCAUGGAGGCCCACCAGGUGAUUCGGGCGAACGCGUUGUUCCUGCUGUCCCUCAGCAGUGCUGCCGAGCCCAGCAUGCUGUGCCACCACCCUCCCCGGCCCCUGCACUCCCAGCUGCUUCCCAGCCUCAAGGAGGGCGUGUCGGACGAACUCCCCAAUAAAAUGGGCUGCCUCUACCUCCAGACACUAGCUAGGCAACACACUGAGAACUUUGGGGGCUACCAAGACGAUAACCUCUUCCAAGAUGAGAUGAGGUAUUUGCGCUCAACAUCUGUUCCUGCACCUUACAUAUCAGUCACCCCUGAUGCCUGUCCCAAUGUGUUUGAGGAACCAGAGAGCAACAUGAAAUCAAUGCCGCCCAGUCUGGAGACCAGUCCCAUCACAGACAGCGAUACGGCGAAACGAACUGUGUUUCAGAGGUCUUACUCAGUCGUAGCAUCUGAAUAUGACAAGCAACACUCGCCCUCUCCGGCUCGGGUAAAAGCCGUGCCCAGGCGCAGGGUCCAGAGUGGCGACGCAGAGGUGGGCUCUUCCCUGUUACGGCACCCGUCCCCCGAGCUGUCCCGGCUGAUUUCAUCGCACGGCUCCCUCAGUAAGGGGGAGAGGAACUUCCAGUGGCCUGUCCUGGCUUUCGUUAUCCAGCACCAUGACCUGGAGGGCCUGGAGGUGGCCAUGAGGCAUGCACUGAGGAAGUCUGCCUGCAGGGUGUUUGCCAUGGAGGCCUUCAACUGGCUGCUGUGCAAUGUGAUCCAGACCACGUCCCUACACGACAUCCUUUGGCAUUUUGUAGCAUCUCUCACCCCGUCGCCCUUUGAACCUGAGGAUGAGGAAGACGAUGAGAACAAGGGGAACAAGGAAAACGUGGAACAGGAAAGAGACCUCGGCGUCUGUGAACACCCUCUGUCAGACAUUGUUAUUGCCGGGGAGGCAGCUCAUCCUCUCCCCCACACCUUCCACCGCCUCCUUCAGACCAUCUCUGACCUCAUGAUGUCACUUCCCAGUGGCAGCUCACUUCAGCAGAUGGCGCUGAGGUGCUGGAGUCUCAAGUUCAAGCAGUCCGACCACCAGUUCCUCCACCAGAGCAACGUUUUCCAUCACAUCAACAAUAUCUUGUCCAAGUCUGACGAUGGAGACAGCGAGGAGAGCUUCAACAUCAGCGUGCAGUCAGGCUACGAAGCAAUGAGCCAGGACCUCUGCCUGGUGACCUGUCUAAAGGAUCUGACCAGCGUAGUGGACAUCAAGACGUCCAGUCGGCCUGCCAUGAUCGGCAGCCUUACAGACGGCUCCACAGAGACCUUCUGGGAAUCCGGAGACGAGGACAAGAACAAAACCAAGAGCAUCACCAUCAGCUGCGUGAAGGGCCUCAACGCCUCCAAUGUGACUGUUCAUGUGGACAACUCCAGAGACAUUGGGAACAAAGUCACAUCGGUUACAUUCCUAUGUGGAAAAGCAGUAGAAGACCUCUGCAGAAUCAAACAGGUUGACCUGGACUCUCGUCACAUGGGCUGGGUGACAAGCGAGCUCCCUGGAGGGGACCACCAUGUGAUCAAGGUGGAGCUGAAAGGUCCCGAGAACACCCUGAGGGUGCGCCAGGUGAAGGUCUUGGGUUGGAAGGAGGGCGAGAGCAUCAAGAUCCUGGGGCAGAUCUCAGCCAGCAUGGCCCAGCAGAAGAACUGCGAGGCCGAGACUCUCCGAGUGUUUCGCCUCAUCACCUCACAGGUCUUUGGAAAGCUCAUCUGUGGAGAUGCAGAGCCCACUCCAGAGCAGGAGGAGAAAAACCUUCUUUCGUCACCCGAGGGAGAGGACAAGGUUCCAUCUGACGCUGACCUUAAAGAGCACAUGGUGGGCAUCAUUUUCAGCAGGAGCAAACUUACCAACCUCCAGAAACAGGUGUGUGCGCACAUCGUCCAGGCCAUCCGCAUGGAGGCCACGCGCGUGAGGGAGGAGUGGGAGCACGCCAUCUCCAGCAAAGAGAACGCCAACUCUCAGCCCAGUGACGACGACGCCUCCUCGGACGCCUACUGCUUCGAGCUGCUGUCCAUGGUCCUGGCGCUGAGCGGCUCCAACGUGGGUCGCCAGUACCUCGCUCAGCAGCUAACGCUCAUGCAGGACCUGUUUUCUCUGCUGCACACGGCCUCCCCGAGAGUUCAGAGACAGGUCACAUCGUUGCUCAGACGCGUCCUUCCGGAGGUCACGCCAGUGAGACUCGCCAGCAUCAUCGGGGUGAAGGCCCUGCCACCGGCGGACAUCAGCGACAUCAUCCACUCCACAGAGAAGGGCGACUGGAACAAGCUCUGCAUCCUCGACAUGUUCCUGGGCUGCAUCGCGAAAGCCCUCACCGUGCAGCUGAAGGCCAAAGGCACCACCAUCUCUGGCACGGCCGGCAUGGCCCCGGUCAAAGGAGUCACCACCGUCACGCUGCCCAUGAUCUUCAACUCCAGCUACAUCCGCAGGGGGGAGAGCCACUGGUGGAUGAAAGGCUCCACUCCUCCACAGAUAGCAGAGAUCAUCAUAAAGCUGGUCAAAGACAUGGCAGCGGGCCACCUUUCAGACGGUUGGUCCAGAGUCACCAAAAAUGCAAUAGCUGAGACCAUCAUAGCUCUGACCAAAAUGGAGGAAGAGCAUCGUUCUCCUGUACGCUGUAUCGCCACCACAAGGCUGUGGCUGGCCUUAGCUUCGCUAUGCGUGCUGGACCAGGACCAUGUCGACAGGCUGUCCUCCGGUCGCUGGAUGGGCAAAGAUGGACAGCAGAAGCAGAUGCCCAUGUGUGACAAUCACGAUGAUGGCGAGACGGCGGCCAUCAUCCUGUGUAACGUGUGCGGCAACCUCUGCACCGACUGUGACCGCUUCCUUCACCUGCACCGACGCACGCGCUCUCACCAGAGACAGGUGUUCAAAGAGGAAGAGGAGGCCAUAAAGGUAGAUCUCCACGAAGGCUGCGGGAGGACUAAGCUCUUCUGGCUCAUGGCCCUGGCUGACUCUAAGACUAUGAAGGCUAUGGUGGAGUUCAGAGAGCACACAGGUAAACCAGCCUCCAGCAGCUCUGAUUUCUGCAGGUUCUGUGGGACGAGGAAUGGCACAGAGCUGUCCGCCGUGGGAAGUGUCUGCUCAGACCCAGACUGCCAGGAGUACGCCAAACUGGCCUGCAGUAAAAGCCAUCCCUGUGGACACCCCUGUGGAGGAGUGAAGAACGAGGAGGCCUGCCUCCCGUGUCUGCACGGCUGCGACAAGAACACCGGCUGUCUGAAACAGGACGCCGACGACAUGUGCAUGAUCUGCUUCACAGAGGCGCUGUCCGCUGCUCCUGCAGUACAGCUGGACUGCACUCACGUGUUCCACCUCCAGUGUACUCGCCGCGUUCUUGACAACCGCUGGCUCGGGCCCCGGAUCACGUUUGGGUUCAUGCUGUGUCCCAUCUGCAAGAACAAAAUCAAUCACUCGGUGAUCAAGGACCUGCUCGACCCCAUUAAGGAGCUCUAUGAGGACGUGAGGCGGAAGGCUCUGAUGAGGCUGGAGUACGAGGGUCUACAUAAGAGUGAGGCAAUAACCACACCAGGAGCACGUUUCCACAACGACCCCGCAGGCUUUGCCAUGAACAGAUAUGCAUACUAUGUCUGCUACAAGUGCAAGAAGGCCUAUUUUGGGGGAGAGGCUCGCUGCGAUGCGGAGGCCGGACAGGGAGACGACUACGACCCCAGUGAGCUCAUCUGUGGAGCGUGCUCCGAUGUGUCCAGGGCUCAGAUGUGCUCCAAGCACGGCACAGACUUCCUGGAGUAUAAAUGCCGGUACUGCUGCUCGGUGGCCGUUUUCUUCUGCUUCGGCACCACACACUUCUGCAACGCCUGCCAUGAUGACUUCCAGAGGAUGACCAGCGUCCCCAAGGAGGAACUGCCUCAUUGUCCUGCAGGUCCCAAAGGCAAGCAGUUGGAGGGUACAGAGUGCCCUUUGCAUGUGGUCCACCCGCCAACGGGGGAGGAGUUUGCGCUGGGCUGUGGGGUGUGCAGAAAUGCCCACACCUUCUAAACAACACAAGACUUCUACUGAAAACCAGUUUGUCUACUGUGAUUUCUGGCUGCUGCUGAAGCUCAGCCAUGAAGCUUGGCUCCUGCAUUGUCAAGUCUCCUGGACACCGGACCAGGUUUCUGCCCUCCGCCAAGAGUCCUCAGGUCCGCUCCUCUACCAACAUCAGUAUCCGGGCUCUGCUACAAACACGAGCUGUGGCUCCUUUGGACUCAGAGUAACCUGAAUUGGGGGGGGAAGAACAAUAGAAUUUUAAAAAAAGAAGAAAAAAAAGAAAAUAUCUUGUGACGUGUUUGCAUGCGGCCGUUGUACUCCCUCGGCUUCUAUAGACGUUGCACACCUCCUGAUCACUGAAGUGUAACUAUACAAGAUUAAAAAUUUAAUUUGAAAUAAGUUUGCUUAAAGGCAACUGUGGAUCAGCGUGGGUAUAAAAAAAGAAAAAGGAACAUGCCGUAUUUCCAUCUUCCUAACUAUAAAUUUUAAAUAUUGUUGUAUGUAAACUUUUUCGUAAUCUUGCACAGUAUUCUCCACUGUCAAGUGCAUCAUGGGUUGACGGACAAAAAAAAAGAAAAGAAGGUGGAUAAGACUGUUAAGAAUAAUUAUGUUUGGGAGGAAAAUAGUGUACGAUUUAUCUAAUCUUGUAUAUAAUGAUACUAUUCAAAAUAGCUGUAUUCCGAAGUUGCUACUCUUCACUUCAGUUUUGUUUGAUAUUCUGGGUUAUGUUUUGAGCCAGAAGUUUUAAUGAAGUGCAAUACUGGGUGUGCCUCCUAUUUUGCAGCUGUUUAAACUAUGGAAUGUAUGUCAAUAAAGCCACUGUACAUUUUUA